CGGGGGCCAUAUUGAUUGCCUCGAGCCCUCCAAUGCAAGAAUUAGUUCCCUUUCUGUUUGGUGAGAAAGUUGGCUAGUAACGAGUAUAUGAAACAAAAGUAUGAGGGAACAAGCUAAGCUAAGUUUGUUUUGCUAAACCUGUGCCUGUCUGGUCUGGUCUGGUAUCUUAGAUAGAUAAAGGUGGUGGAGGUAGCAUGCAUAUGUAGAUGGAUUAAUUGUACGAAACUAAAGUAGUCCCUCCGUUCCAUAAUGAUGAUUGUCAUUGUUUUAGAUCAAAUUUGAAACCACAGAAUCAUAUCAGCAGGCAGGGUUGAGCCGUGUCCGUCCAAACAAGACCGACCAUCUCCGUCCAUCGGCUUGUGGAAGAUAGUGCAAGAUACUAGCAGUGGUGGUGUCGUCUGCAGCAUCAUCUCUCAACCGGAUGCGGACUCAAACAGCGCAGGUGGCAUAGAAAGGAAGAAAGAAAGAUGGGAGGCAGAAAAUACUAUAGUGCAAAGGUCAGGUAACACUAUGGGAGCAGAGCAGAGGAGAGGAGAGGACACGCAUAAGUUCCAAGCCCAUUUUUUCUUUUCUUCCUCUUCUUCUCCGCCGCGGCGGCAACUCCCCCAUCACCGACAUGCUCCGGGACGGGGACGGCGACGGCGCCAAGGUUGGGCUUGGACGGGGAGUAGAUUGCUUUGUGUCUGCUGAGAAAGCAAGUUUUUAGCGGAAUGAAGACCCUUGGUUUGGCUUGAAGGAAAGAAAAGUAGGAGGGAGGGGUCAAAGCUGCAGAAAGAAGCUUCUCUGCUGGUACUCCUUGCUGUCUGGGAUCUGAGAUAAGGCUGCAAGCUUAUAUUAGGAGGAACUAAAACAAGAUUUAGAGCCAAGAAUGAAAUGCCAAGGAGAUGAGCAUGCAGCAGGGUAGGAGUAGGACACAGCAAUGAGGUUCAUAGGGCCGGCUGGGCAGGCGACAGACACAAAUGCCGCUUCGGUCUGCAGAUGGCCGGCCAUCCUCAGGAGGAGGAGCAGGCACACAACACCCUCCCUACUGAUACUGAUGCUGAUCGAUGUUGUCUGCAGGCUGCAGCAUCUUUUAAUCGGAUCCCUCUUAAUCGGAUGCAUGAUUGAGGGCGCAGCAGGUGGCGACCAAGCUCAAGCUGAAAGCUCCCUCUGAGGAGGAGAGGAGAGGGCACGCACGCAUCAAGCUCCAAACAACGGACACCCCCAUUCCAUUUUCUCUUCUCUUCUCUUGCUCCUUUUUCCAAGCAGUAUUGUUUGUCUACUAGUAGUAGUUUGUGCGGCUUGGCCCAACACAGGUAGUACACCCUCCACAUUCCUCCUCCUCCUCCUCUUCUCUUCUUUAUAUGCAAAUCUGCAGCAGUCAAAGUGGGAGUCCGGCCAGUCCACCCAUACAAGCAUAGCAUGCGCGCGCGCCCAUGUCCUCCUCCUCUGCUCUCCCCCUCCCCUUCCCCUUCUUCUUCUUCUUCUUGCACCUCCUCCUCCUGUUUCCGCCAUGCUGCACCGGCUGCUCCCGCCACCUCCUCCUCCAUGCCGGCGCCAACUAUUCCACCUCGCUCGCCGACAUGCUCCACGGCGGCAGCAACGUCACCGACGGCCUCAGGCGCUACCUGGCGCGCUUCGGCUACGCCUCCUCCUCCGCGCCUGACGACGACCCCGACGGCAACCUCAUCGUGAGCCUCUACCAGUCCACCCUCGGCCUCCCCGUCACCGGCCGCCUCGACGCCCGCACCCUCGACCUCCUCGCCACCCCGCGCUGCGGCGUCCCGGACCUGCACCUCCAACCGAACACCACCGCCCGCUUCGCCUUCUUCGAGGGCCAGCCGCGCUGGGCGCGCGCGCCGGGCCACUUCCUGCUCACCUACGCCGUCGUCUCCUCCUCGCCGCCCUACCAGCCGCUCCCCCUGCCCCGCAGGGCCGUGCGCAGGGCCUUCCGCCGCGCCUUCGCGCGCUGGGCGCGCGUCAUCCCGGUGCGGUUCCGCGAGACGCGGGACUACAACAUGGCGGACGUGCGCGUGGGCUUCCUCGCCGGCGACCACGGCGACGGCGAGCCCUUCGACGGGCCCCUCGGCGUGCUCGGCCACGCCUUCUCCCCGCCCAGCGGCCAGCUCCACCUCGACGCCGCCGAGCGCUGGGCCGUCCUCGGUGGCAACGACGGCGGCUCCGCGGACGCCGGCGCCGUGGACCUGGAGUCGGUGGCCACGCACGAGAUCGGCCAUGUGCUGGGCCUCGCGCACUCGUCGGUGCCGGACGCCGUCAUGUACCCGAGCCUGAAGCCGCGGACGCGCAAGACGGAGCUGACCCUGGACGACGUCCGCGGCGUGCAGGCGCUCUACGGCUCCAACCCGCGGUUCAGCCUCAGCUCCCUCUCCGAGCCCGACACCUCCUCCGCCUCCCCCGCGGCGGCCACCACCACCAGGUCGCCCGGGAAGACGACGUCCACGGCGACGGCCACCCCGCUCCUAUUGCUCGUCGCCGUCGCAGUCCUCUGCUAGCUUGAUUAAGCUCUGCUAGGUAGAUACACAUACGCUGCUGUAGACAUGAGUGCAUGACACGUCGUAAUUAACUUGUGAGACUGAUCGGCCAGGGUUUUAUCAGGUGGGUCGAUCGAGUUUCCCAUGUUUUUCUUUGGGUGUGGGGUUGUUUGGAUUGCUUUGAAUUGAAGAAGCAAUUCAUUCUGAUUGAAUAUAUUUAUACAAGAAAGGAGAAAAGAAAUGAGAAAACACAA